UAUCUUCGAAAGAACAAAUUUGUAGGGAAAGAAUUUGAAAACAGUCAAUUGAAGAAGAGAAACCCAAACCCUCGUACAGUGUCGUCCCUAAACUCAAUAGACCGUACAGUUGCAGAGACUGCAAGCGCCUGAUGAAUAGGUUUUUUAUUCUUUUGAGUGCUAUUCUACUUUAGAAGAAUAAGAAGUGUGGACACUGUAAUCAGCUGCUAAAAACUCAAGAAACUCAAUUUUAUAUAAGGAGAAAAAUGUUACACAGCAAAACAUUCAAUAAAAAGACAAGAGGCGGCAAAGUUCAAAAGCUUGUCAGGGAAGUUUAUCUGAGAGACGACAUUUAUUGUGGAGCUUCAUUUUGUAAAGUAUGCGAUACUUCAGCCGCGCGUUUGACUGCUUCUGCUUCAGCAAUUCUUGUUCUUGAUACUAAUGUCGUUCUCAAUCAGAUUGAUUUGCUGGAGAAUCCAGCAAUUGAAGAUGUGGUUGUGUUAUCAAUUGUGCUACAAGAGGUUAAGAAUAAGAAUACUGCUGUUUAUAAUAGAAUUCGUGCCCUCUGUAGCAAUCCUGCUCGCAAAUUCUUUGUUUUCUCCAAUGAAUUUCAUAGGGAUACAUAUGUCCAGAUAAUGACUGGUGAAAGCCCUAAUGAUCGAAAUGAUAGAGCAAUUAGGGUUGCUACUAGUUGGUAUCAGACUCAUCUUGGUGAUGCUGCAAAAGUUUUGCUUAUUACGAAUGAUAGGGAGAAUAAAAGGAAGGCUACUGAAGAGGGUGUUGUUGCUGAAACAAUUGAAGCUUAUGUUAAAUCACUAGGUCAACCAGCUUUGCUUGACUUGCUUGUUCAGCCUUCUUCUGAAGAUACAGUCAUGAAGGAGGUUGAAGAUUUAAGACCUUCAAAGAGGAAGGUUGUUUACCCAGAGCAUAAGCCCAUGUCAGAGAUCACUGCUGGCUUGACCAGCGGAAUAUAUCAUCAAGGAAAACUUCGUGUUAACCGUUAUAAUCCAUUUGAAGCAUACGUUGGAAGUGAGAGCAUUGGCGAGGAAAUCGUCAUUUAUGGCCGUGGAAAUAUGAAUAGGGCUUUUGAUGGUGAUAUAGUGGCUGUGGAACUUCUUCCCCAAGACCAGUGGCGAGAAGAUGGUUCUAUGUCUAUAGCAGAUGAAGAUGACGAUGAUGAAGGAGUCCAUCUAGUUCCAAACAGUGCAGAUGAUGCUCCUCGAACAACAAAUCCAGUAUCAAGUUCUGCUAGUGACACAAAUCCUAUCUCCACUCGUCCAUCUGGUCAUGUUGUUGGAAUUAUAAAGCGCAAUUGGCAUUCCUAUUGUGGGUCUUUGGAGCCAAUGCCAGUGCCUGCUGGAAGUGGCGGUCUUGUCUAUGCUUUAUUUGUCUCUAAAGAUCGGAGAGUUCCUAAAAUUCGAAUUCAAACUCGACAGCUCCAAAAUCUUCUGGACAAAAGAAUCAUAGUGGCAGUUGAUUCUUGGGACCGUCAAUCACGGUAUCCUUCUGGUCAUUAUGUACGAAGUAUAGGAGAGAUAGGUGAUAGAGAUACUGAAACUGAGGUGGUCUUGAUAGAGAAUGACAUAGAUGCAAGACCAUUUUCUGCUCAAGUUUUGGCAUGUUUGCCCCCGUUACCAUGGUCGGUUUCCGAGGAGGAUUUAGCCAAUCCGAUUAGGACAGAUCUGCGGCAUUUGCUUGUCUUCAGUGUUGACCCGCCAGGAUGCAAGGAUAUUGAUGAUGCAUUACAUUGUACGAUGCUUCCACAUGGAAAUUUUGAAGUUGGAGUUCACAUUGCUGAUGUAACGAACUUCGUUCACCCGAGUACCCCACUUGACGAUGAGGCUACACAAAGAGGCACAUCCGUUUACCUUGUUGAGCGUCGUAUUGACAUGCUUCCAAAACCUCUAACAGAAGAUAUAUGUUCUCUUCGAGCUGAUGUGGAGAGGCUGGCUUUUUCUGUCAUUUGGGAAAUGACCCCUCAAGCAGAGAUCAUUACUACAAGAUACGCAAAAAGUGUAAUAAAGUCAUGUGCAGCAUUAUCUUACAUCGAAGCUCAGGCAAGAAUGGAUGACAGCCGAUUGAUGGAUCCUGUAACUAAAGAUUUAAGAAAUAUGAACGCUUUGGCUAAGAUAAUGAGGCAGAGAAGAAUUGAGAGAGGAGCACUAACUCUUGCUUCAGCUGAAGUCAAGUUUCAGAUAGAUACCGAGACUCAUGACCCUCUUGACAUUGGUAUGUAUCAGAUUCGGGAAGCGAACCAAAUGGUUGAAGAGUUUAUGCUUGCUGCUAAUGUUUCAGUAGCUGAACAAAUCCUUAAACAAUUUCCAGGCUGUUCACUCUUAAGACGUCAUCCUACUCCAACUAAAGAUAUGCUUGAACCUUUGCUGCAAACAGCUGCUUCUGUUGGUCUGACCCUGGAUGUCUCAUCAUCAAAAGCACUAGCUGAUUCCCUCGACCGUGCUGUAAGUGAUGAUCCAUACUUCAACAAGUUGAUCCGUAUAAUGGCAACAAGAUGUAUGACACAGGCAGUCUACUUUUGUAGUGGGGAUCUCAGCCCUCUAGAGUUUCAUCAUUAUGGUCUGGCAGCACCUUUGUAUACUCAUUUCACAUCACCUAUUAGAAGAUAUGCUGAUGUCAUUGUCCACAGGUUGCUUGCUGCAUCCUUAGGGAUAUACAAACUUCCAACAAUUUUCAGAGACAGACCCCAGCUAACUAGUAUUGCUGACAAUUUGAACUACCGUCAUAGAAAUGCUCAGAUGGCAAGCAGAGGCUCUGUAGAGCUGCAUACUCUCAUAUACUUUAGAAAACGGCCCACAGACACGGAGGCCAGAAUAGUGAAGAUAAGGUCCAAUGGCUUUAUAGUGUUUGUGCCUAAGUACGGUAUAGAAGGGCCAGUGUACUUGACCCCAAGGGGUGAGAAAGGCGGUGGAGAAUGGUUUGUGGAUGAGCAGCAACAAAAAAUCAAGAAGAUGGAUGGUAGCCUUUCUUAUGGUAUUUUGCAGGCAGUGAGAAUUCACUUGGAGGUUGUGGAGCCCCAGCCCAAUCGUCCGAAACUCCAGCUUACGCUUCUGUAAAUUGUGUGGUACUUGGGAGGAAUUGUUACCUGAUUCCUUGAAACAAUGUCUAGUUUUUUGCACAAAGAAGAGAAAGAAAAUACAAUAUCUAGUUUGAAACUGUGGAGGAUAGGAUAAGCUUUGCUGGGGGAGUAAAAUUUUGUAAUGUAGCAUCUUUUAUUUGUUUUUAACCAAAAAAUAAUCUUUUUUAAUAAUUUUUUAGAGUUUAUUGUAAUAUCUUUCUGCUUAUAAUUUAUGAAGUUGCUUUUUUGUUU